AUGGCUUAUGGGACUGAAUAUGUUGUUGGAGAUGAGAAUGGGUGGAAACCUAACUUCAAUUACUCCGAUUGGACCAAAGACAAAAUGUUCAUGGUUGGUGAUACUUUAGUUUUCAAUUACAACAGUCUAGUUCAUGAUGUGUACAAAGUGAACGGUAGUGACUUCAAUGACUGCAUUGCUCGACCUGGCUCAGAAGUAUUGAGAAGUGGAAACGACGUCGUUACACUCAACACCACUGGAAACAAAUGGUACCUUUGCAGCAAAUCAAAUCACUGUGAUUUAGGCCAAAAGCUUAAGAUUAGUGUUAUGGACAUGAUGAGUACUUCUUCUACUACUCCACCUCAUCAUCCCCAUAACCUUUUCCUUGGAUUAUUAUUACUCUCUUCACUCACCAUCUUCAUACUCCUUUCUUAUGGGGCCAUUUGA